UUCCCUUGGAGAGGAUACAGCCCGCUAUUCUGCCUCAUCCGGAGGAGGACGCAGUGUGAAACAGUCGUGGCUUUAUAAAAGAGCCCGUGAGAUCUGCGGAGACACAGUCAAUGAGGGAGAAGUGGAUGAAGUGGCGACCGCACAUUCGGGUGUAAAUAACUUCCAGUGGGAGAAAAAAGCAACAAAAAGUCUUUGACUCACUGGCUCAAUCUGUGCAAAGUUACAGUUGUGUGAAGGAGAAUCACGUCGUGAACCACAGACACCAUCGGACCAUGAAGGUGACGGCGCUGCUCCUCGUGUGUUCCUGUCUGAUCCUGGAGUCUCUGGAGAAGCCACUGUUCCCCGAGCAAGAAAAAGACCCCAAAUUUUGGAAUUCAUGGGCCCAGCAGACUCUGAUAAACGCCGUGACUCUGCAAACCUUAAAUGUCAACAGAGCAAAGAAUCUAAUCUUCUUUCUGGGAGAUGGAAUGGGCGUUCCCACGGUGACAGCUGCUCGAAUACUGAAGGGACAGCGGAAUGGACAGAGUGGUGAAGAGACACAGCUGGAGAUGGAAAAAUUCCCUUUUGUUUCAUUGGCAAAGACGUACAACACUGAUGCACAGGUGGCGGACAGUGCAGGAACAGCCACAGCAUUCCUCUGUGGAGUCAAAGCCAAUGCAGGCACGGUGGGCGUGAGCGCAGCUGCUGUGCGAGCCCAGUGUAACACCACACGGGGCAACGAGGUCAAGUCCAUCCUCAAGUGGGCCAAGGAUGCAGGAAAGUCUGUGGGAAUUGUGACCACCACACGCGUCAACCACGCCACCCCCAGUGCUGCGUAUGCUCACUCUGUGGACAGAGAAUGGUACUCUGACCACGAGAUGCCGGAGGAUGCCGUCCAGGCUGGCUGCAAGGACAUCGCCAGACAACUAUUCGAAAACAUUCCCGACAUUGACGUGAUUAUGGGCGGAGGGAGGAAGUACAUGUUUCCCAAAAACACUUCUGAUGUCGAGUAUCCUAAUGUCGCAAAAUACUUUGGCACACGCAAAGAUGGCAGAAACCUGGUUCAGGAGUGGAUUGAUGGAAAGAAGGAUAAAAAAGCUCACUAUGUCUGGAACAAGAGGCAGCUUUUAUCUCUGAAUCCUAACAACGUUCAAUACCUACUGGGUCUGUUUGAACCUGCGGAUCUGCCGUAUGACCUUGAGAGGAACACUGAGUCUGAUCCCUCACUGACAGAGAUGGUGGAGGUGGCCAUCAAGAUCCUAGGCAAGAACCCCCUUGGAUUUUACUUGCUGGUUGAAGGUGGACGCAUCGACCACGGACACCACGAUGGUAAAGCAAAGCAAGCUCUGCAUGAAGCUGUGGAAAUGGACAGAGCCAUCGGCAAGGCAGAUCUGAUGACCAGCGUCCACGACACGAUGACUGUAGUCACAGCUGACCACUCCCAUAUGUUCAACUUUGGAGGAUACACAGACAGAGGAAACACCAUAUUUGGUCUGGCCCCCAUGCUGAGUGAUGUGGAUCAGAUGUCGUUCACUUCCAUCUUGUAUGGAAACGGACCAGGUUACAAAGUUGUGAGAGGAAGCAGGGAGAAUGUGUCUACAGUUGACUACAUGGAUAACAACUACCAGGCUCAGUCUGCUGUACCUCUAGCUAUGGAGACUCACGGAGGAGAAGACGUCGCCGUGUUUGCAAAAGGCCCCAUGGCUCAUCUCCUUCAUGGAGUCCAUGAGCAGAACUACAUCCCUCAUGUCAUGGCGUACGCUGCCUGCAUUGGCCAGAAUAAGGAUCACUGUAUGUUAGGUAAUGGGGCUGAAAACGUACGUCCCCUUAUUGCCAGUGUCGUAGUUCUUUUCACAGUUUCCCAACUCCUCUGCUGACUUGGUCUCCACAGUGUUUAUGAUGUUCUCAGAAGGACGUCUCAAAGCCUGCACUAGUGAUUCUGAAGGCUUUAGGGGCAGAGUUGAGUUGAGACCGGGCAACACAUGAGGCUGAAAUAUGAUUGGAUAAAAAACUUAACCAAGAGAAAAGCCAGGAGUGAGGAUGAAUAAAUAGAACAGUGAUAAAUAUAUUGAAAAAUAAGUCACUGAUGUUUAGGCCAGCAGAGAAGACCUUGCUGGCCCUGGUGGUCCAACACUGCUUGUUAAUAACUACAUUGGUACUGUUUUGUCUUAGAGUCAAUAAAAAUGUUUUCUCCAAGCCGCA